AUGAAUGAUUCACCCCAACUAAGUGCAUCCUUACUUAGAUUGAAAUUACUUGAUGCCUUAAGGAAUGGUGAUAUCAAUAAAAUCGACACUAUAGUUGAUGAAUUGACUUCCUGCAAACCAACAUUACAAACACAGGAAAUUGUUCAGUUGAAAGAAACAAUAUUGCAUUAUGCUGUGCAAGUGGCAUCCUUGGCCACUAUUCAACACCUUGUGAACAAUUGUGAAAAGUAUUCAUUGGACAUCAACGCUCAAGAUACACAGGGUAACACUCCAUUACAUUUAGCAGCAUCGUCUUCCCGGUUAGAUGUGGUGAAGUAUUUGUUACUGUUGCCUACGAUCAAUGAUACAAUCGUCAAUUUGGAUAGAAAGCAACCAGUAGAGGUUUGUAAAGAUACAAAUAUUGCCCAAUUAAUGCAGUUUGAAAGGGCAAAGUUUGUUGAGAAGGCAGCCACCAACUUACGAAUUUACUUCAGUAAUAGAGACUUUGAUAAUUUAGAAAAUAUUUUAAUAGCUAAUCCUAGAGCUUCGGAAUUGUUGGAUAUCAAUGGGACUGAGCCACAAACUGGUAAUACCGUUUUACACGAAUUUAUCAAAAAAGAUGAUUUGGCAAUGUGUGACUGGAUCUUGAAACAUGGAGGCGACCCUUUCAAAAGAGAUAAGCAUGGGAAAUUACCUAUUGAUUUGGUAAACUCCAAGAAUGAAGCACUCAAAAAGUUACUCAAGGCAGCUUCGAAAGACCAAACCAUUAUGGACCCUGUUGCUACAACUAACAAUGCUAUAAAAACUGGUGGUGCGCCCGUAUAUAAAGGUUACUUGCGCAAAUGGACCAAUUUUGCUUCAGGAUACAAGUUGAGAUACUUUGUUUUAGACCAUAAUGGAAUCUUGUCGUAUUACACCAAUCAAGAUGACACCAACAAUUCAUGUCGUGGAUCACUUAACCUUGGAUAUGCCACUUUGCAUUUGGACUCUUCUGAAAAAUUGAAAUUUGAAAUCUAUGGUAAAAAUGGAUUGAGAUGGCAUCUCAAAGCAAAUCAUCCAAUUGAGACCAAUAGAUGGGUAUGGACAUUACAAAAUGCUAUCACCAUAGCCAAAGAUAACAUUAAAAAGAGAAACCUUAACGGCGAACGUAGAAGUACCCCGUCACCAGCAACAAUCGAACUGGCAACAACAAAUGAAACAGAUACUCAACAUGAACACAGCAAUGAACCAGAGAAAAAACGACACCGUCUUAGAAUUCCUGGUAGAAAGAAACACAAACGUAUUUCUAGUCUGUCUUCAUUUGAGUCUGGCGAUGAAUCAACUGGUGAAUUAUCUCGCUCAUCUACCUUCAAGAACAAUUUGAAAGAUAUCAAAGAAGGAUCAAGGUUGACUGGUAUUUCAACCACUCAAGGUGCUCCAUUUGAGUUACUGUCAACACGUAAAACCAGUCACGAGGAUCAAUAUAGCUAUCAAGAAACUGAUAACGAAAAUUUUGAUUAUGAUAUUGAUGAUUAUGAUGCUGGCGACUAUGAUAGUGAGACAGAAGCUAGUGUUGAUAUCGAUCAAUUGAAUGAUUCAAUUGCUACUACUAGAAGAUCUUUACAAGUUGAAUUGACAUCAUUAUUGGAGUUGAUGAAAAGUUUGCAAGACGAUAAGUUAUUAUCCAACGACGACGCCAAAGUUAAUGAAAUAUGUGUUAUUGGUGGAAAUACCAUUAAAGGUAUUCAUGACUUGAUGGCCAAAUAUGAUAUCAGUGUAGAUGCUAGGUAUGGAAAAUUGAAAAAAAACUUGGACCGACAAUUAGAAGUAAAUGCUUUAUGGGAAAGAUCAAUACGUCAAUUAGAAAAUGAAAUUGCCGAAAAGGAUUCGAAAUUGGCACAUUUACAAGGUCAAAGGAAACAAUUAAAGAAAUACUUUACUGCUUCAGGUGCUGCUAUGGCAAAAUCUGCAGGUACUGUGUCCCCAGCUCCUUCUAACAAGAACUUGAGUAACGAAGAAAAGCAACCUGAGAACAAGCAAGCAUUGACGGAAGUUUUGAGAGAAGAACCGGAUGAAACGCAAAUUGAAGAAGUAGAUGAAAAGUUGGACAAGUUACUGAAUAUAAAAGAAAGACAAGUGGUGGAAGAAGCACCACAAAUGCCAGGUGCACUUCCCGAUGAAGUAAUUGAAAAAUAUUUGGGCGAAGACUCAGACGAAGAUGACGAAUUUUUUGAUGCUGAUGAAUUUGAAGAAGAUGGCUUGGAAAAUGUUGAGUUAGGAGGAGUUGCUGCUGCUUUGGGAGCUGCCCAAGCAAAAGUAGAGGCCACUUCAGAUGAGUUGCCAGUCAAUGAAGAAGUAAAGGAGGAGGAAGUACCUUUGGCGCUGACUGAGGAGCAAGAGGAAACUCCAUCAAUUGUUGUAAAUGAGGAAGCUACAAGCUCUUUGAACUUGGAUGAGAAAUCAUCUAUUGCUCCUCCAACAGUAAUUGAGAAUAAAGAAGUAGAAGUUUUGGAAUUGGAUGAGAAGCUGGUUGCUCCUUCAGAUGUAACCAAAAUCGAGGAAACAAACAAUGUUGAAGAGGGAGUGUCUCCAUUGACAGUUGAAGAGCUGAAACCAGCGGCUCCAGUUGAACCACAAGUACCAGGUGAUGAAGGUCUUACUGAAGUGCAAAGGAGAGUAAACCAUUUACUUCAAGAAGAAGGUUCAUUCCUUGGUUAUGAAAACCCGCCAAGAAAGAAAUUAUCAAUGGAUGAAGAUAAUAGACCAAAAGUCGGGUUGUGGGGGAUCUUGAAAUCGAUGGUGGGUAAGGAUAUGACGAGAAUGACCCUUCCAGUAUCAUUCAACGAACCCACUUCUUUGUUACAAAGGUUGGCAGAAGAUAUUGAGUACAAUUCGUUGUUAAACACAGCUGCAGGGUAUGAUGACUCAACAUUGAGAUUGAUAUAUGUUGCCACUUUUGCUGCAACUGAGUAUUCUUCAACCAUAGACAGAAUUGCUAAACCAUUUAAUCCCUUGUUAGGGGAAACUUUUGAGUAUUCCAGACCUGACCAAAACUUUAGAUUAUUUGUGGAACAGGUUAGUCAUCAUCCUCCGAUUAGUGCUUGUCGAGCAGAGUCUCCCAAAUGGGACUACUACGGAGAAAAUGCAGUAGACUCAAAAUUUUAUGGGAGAUCAUUUGAUUUUAAGCACUUGGGUAAGAUGUUUUGUGUUAUUAGACCGGAUAAGGGAGUAAGAAAUAAGAAUGGGGAAUUAGUUGAAGAAGAAUUGUACAGUUGGAAAAAAGUUAACACUGCUGUGGUGGGUAUUAUGCUUGGUAACCCUACUGUUGAUAACUAUGGUAAAAUGGUUGUUGAAAACCAUACUACUGGUGACAUCAUUACCGUUGAUUUGAAGCAACGUGGUUGGAGAGCUUCGUCUGCUUAUCAGUUGUCAGGACACGCUUUAGAUAGAGAUGGUGUUGCCCAAUGGGCCAUGGGAGGUCAUUGGAAUUCAAAGAUUUUCGCAAAGAAAAUUGUAAAUGGUAAUAUCAACGAAGGACAAAGUGGUAACCGUAAAAUGUCGUUAUUGGAUGACCCAAAUGCUCGUGCUGGUACUUCAACCACCGUCAGCAAUGAUCCAUACUCGGGAAGCAAAUUUUUGGUGUGGCAAGUGGCUCCAAGACCUAAAGUUCCAUUCAAUUUGACUGCAUUUGCUGUUACCUUGAAUGGGCUUGAUGAUAAGUUGAAACCAUGGUUACCUCCAACUGAUACAAGAUUGAGGCCAGAUCAAAGAGACAUGGAAGAAGGUUUAUAUGAUCGUGCAGCUGAUGAAAAACAUCGUGUUGAGGUUAAGCAAAGACAAGCCAGAAAACAGAGGGAAGAUAACAAAGAGACCUAUGUACCGAAUUGGUUUGUUAAGAGAAAGCAUCCAGUGACUGGUGAUAUGUUUUGGGAGUAUAAUGGAAAGUAUUGGCCUAGAAGAAAGGCACAAGAUUUGGCGAACACGGGAGACAUAUUUUAG